GGCGCCAUUUUGGUGGCCGGGCGCGGAGGUGAUUCCACACUCAGGCGAGCGCGGCGGCAGGGGUGGCAUUGGCAGCGUUCGUGUGCUCGGGUGUGAAUCGCAGAGGGAGGAGGCGGUGGAGGAAGAGGUGGCGGCGGUGGCGGUGGUCGUAGCGGUGGCGGAGGAGGCGGGUACGAAUCAGCUGCGGGCGGAGACAUGGCCAACAUCGCGGUGCAGCGAAUCAAGCGGGAGUUCAAGGAGGUGCUGAAGAGCGAGGAGACGAGCAAAAAUCAAAUUAAAGUAGAUCUUGUAGAUGAGAAUUUUACAGAAUUAAGAGGAGAAAUAGCAGGACCUCCAGACACACCAUAUGAAGGAGGAAGAUAUCAACUAGAGAUUAAAAUACCAGAAACAUAUCCAUUUAAUCCCCCUAAGGUCCGGUUUAUCACUAAAAUAUGGCAUCCUAAUAUUAGUUCCGUCACAGGGGCUAUUUGUUUGGAUAUCCUGAAAGAUCAAUGGGCAGCAGCAAUGACUCUCCGCACGGUAUUAUUGUCAUUGCAAGCACUACUGGCAGCUGCAGAACCAGAUGAUCCACAAGAUGCAGUAGUAGCAAAUCAGUACAAACAAAAUCCCGAAAUGUUCAAACAGACAGCUCGACUUUGGGCACAUGUGUAUGCUGGAGCACUUUUUUAUAGUUUUAAGACGAGCAAAAAUCAAAUUAAAGUAGAUCUUGUAGAUGAGAAUUUCACAGAAUUAAGAGGAGAAAUAGCAGGACCUCCAGACACACCAUAUGAAGGAGGAAGAUAUCAACUAGAGAUUAAAAUACCAGAAAUAUAUCCAUUUAAUCCCCCUAAGAUCCAGUUUAUCACUAAAAUAUGGCAUCCUAAUAUUAGUUCCAUCACAGGGGCUAUUUGUUUGGAUAUCCUGAAAGAUCAAUGGGCAGCAGCAAUGACUCUCCGCAUGGUAUUACUGUCAUUGCAAGCACUACUGGCAGCUGCAGAACCAGAUGAUCCACAAGAUGCAGUAGUAGCAAAUCAGUGCAAACAAAAUCCCGAAAUGUUCAAACAGACAGCUCGACUUUGGGCACAUGUGUAUGCUGGAGCACCAGUUUCUAGUCCAGAAUACACCAAAAAAAUAGAAAACCUAUGUGCUAUGGGCUUUGAUAGGAAUGCAGUAAUAGUGGCCUUGUCUUCAAAAUCUUGGGAUGUAGAGACUGCAACAGAAUUGCUUCUGAGUAACUGAGACAUAGAGCUGCUGAUAUAGUCAAGCUUGCCCCUUCUUGAGGAGCAUCAACAUCUGUUAUUUUUAGGAUUCUGCGUAGAUUUCUUUUAAACUGGCAUUCUUGCCUAAUGAUGUUAUCUAGGCACCAUUGGAGACUGAAAAAAAUCUCUGCUCUGUAAAUAAAGCUAAUUAAACGUCUCUGUAAAUUUAAAAAGGGGAAA